AUGGGCCCGCAGGACAUCAGCUUAGCCAGGUCCCCCAAAAUUUCUGAUAUCAGUAAAAUUAAAGACCUUCUCAUGAAAUGCAUGAAAGUUUGGUGCAAGAAGUCUAUUGAAGGACAUUUUGCACCAAACUGUAAUGCAUUUCAUCAGAAGGAGUUUAAUAUAAUGAUUAAUUUAGUGUAUAAUUUAAUGAGCUUGAGUGUAAUAACCAAAUUUUAUCAGCAUGUCCUUGCCAUGGCCUUUGCUGUGAAGGAGAUCAAUGAAGACUCCCAGAUCUUACCUAACAUCACUCUUGGGUUCCAUAUCUAUGAUAGUUACUACAAUCCAAGGUUGACCUAUCGUACCACUCUGGACCUGCUUUUCAAAUCCCAGGAAUUUGUCCCUAACUACAAAUGUGAUACCCGGAAGAAUCUCAUGGCUAUCAUUGGAGGACUAGGUGCUCCUACUUCAUCCUUUAUGUCAGAAAGCAUAAACCUCUUCAAGAUUCCACAGGUUCUCCCUGUUUCUUUGUGUAACGACCACUGUUCCCCUGGAUUCUGGAAGAGACGGGCUGAAGGCAGUCAGUUCUGUUGCUAUGACUGUGUUCCAUGCCUAGAAGGAAAGAUUUCUAAUGAAACUGAUAUGGAUGACUGUUUCGAAUGUUCAGAAGAUCAUUAUCCAAAUAAAGAAAAGAAAGACUGUAUCGUGAAACUGCUAAUCUUUCUAACUUUUGAAGAAACCUUAGGAAUUGGUUUAGCUUCAGCAGCUCUUUGUUUCUUUCUCUUGACAUCUUGGAUACUUGGAACUUUUAUUAAACACAGGGAUACUCCCAUUGUCAGAGCCAACAACAGGUCUCUCACCUACACCCUCCUUGUCUCUCUUUUGUUCUGUUUUCUCUCCUCUUUUUUAUUUCUCAGCCAACCUGGCAAAGUGACCUGCCUUCUCAGACAACCAACUUUUGGAAUUACCUUCUCUAUGGCCAUUUCUAGUGUACUGGCCAAAACCAUCACAGUGGUUGUGGCUUUCAUGGCCACUAAACCUGGAUCUCAAAUGAGGAAGUGGUUGGGGAAAAGAUUGGCCUUCGCUGCUGUCCUUUCCUGUUCUCUUGUUCAAGUGUGUAUUUGUACUCUUUGGUUGUCAACAUAUCCCCCAUUCCCUGAGUUAGAGAUGCACUUAGAGCUCCAAGGAGUGAUUUUACAGUGCAAUGAGGGGUCAGCUACAUUCUUCUAUUGUGUCUUGGGCUACAUGGGUUUCUUGGCCAUUGCCAGCUUCAUUGUGGCUUUCCUUGCCCGUAAAUUACCUGACAGCUUCAAUGAAGCCAAGUUCAUUACCUUCAGCAUGUUGGCCUUUUGCAGUGUAUGGAUCUCCUUCUUUCCAGCCUAUCUGAGCACAAAAGGCAAAGCCAUGGUAGCUGUGGAGGUCUUCUCCAUCAUGUCUUCCAGCGCUGCAUUACUGGGAUGCAUAUUCUUCCCAAAGUGCUACAUCAUUGUUUUGCGGCCUGAACUAAACCAGAGGGAACAACUAAUAAAGAGAAUUGUAAUAACCAAAUUCUACCAGCACGUCCUUGCCUUGGCCUUUGCUGUGAAGGAGAUCAAUGAGGACUCCCAGAUCUUACCUAACAUCACCCUUGGGUUCCACAUCUAUGAUAGUUACUACAACCCAAGCAUGACCUAUCGCUCCACUCUGGACCUACUUUUCAAAUCCCAGAAAUUUGUCCCUAACUACAAAUGUGAUAGCCAGAAGAAUCUCAUGGCCAUCAUUGGAGGAUUAGAUGUUCCUGCUUCAUCCUACAUGGCACAAAUUAUAAGUAUCUUCAAGAUUCCACAG